GACUAAGUAGAAGAUGGAAUGACAGGAUCAGGAGCGUACGGUAAGGGGCUAAGAGAGGAAGAGGAGGGACAGUGGAGAAGCUUAGUUAGCCACAAAGGGCAGAAGAAAUAUUGGACGAUAGUCAGCAGGGCAGAAGGAUCAAGCGUGAGUUUUUUCAGGUUUGUAGGUAGUCGGGAAGGAGAAAUGAUGGAGGGGGCAGCGAGGUGGCUCAAUUCAGAGACAGGAGGUCCUGGGUUCAAAUAUGACUUUAGACACUUUCUAGCUUGAUUCCAAGGCGGAAGCAGCAAGAGCGAGACCAUGGGCAUUCAGUGACUUGCCCAGGGUCAUGCGCUAGGAAGGGUCUGAGGUCAUAUUUGAACCUGGGACCUCCUUUCUCUAUCCACUGAAACACCUCUCUGCCCUUCUCCCAAUAUCUUGUCUCGGGAACAGCCUGAAUAUUUCUAUUGUCUCCCGUUCCCCGGACCUUGUGGGCUCCUUCCUUCUCCUUACACUCCUUUCUACUCUCUCCCCUUUUUUCCCCUCUUUCCCCCCCUCGCUCCCUUCUUCCUUUCCCCUUCCCCUAUUUCUCCUCUUUUCCCCUCCCUUCUCCCUCCACUUCCCAACCUCCGUUACAUAACCGAGCUCUCGAAGGAGCCGAGCUCUCGCGAGAUCAGAGGCCCGCCCCGCCCCCCCCUUCUCUCUCCACGUCAGAGGGAGCCGGAGGAGCGGCGAACAUGGCGGAGCGCAGGAGGCACAAGAAGCGGAUCCAGGAAGUUGGUGAACCAUCCAAAGAGGAAAAGGCAGUGGCCAAAUAUCUCCGCUUCAACUGUCCCACAAAAUCUACAAAUAUGAUGGGCCACCGAGUUGAUUAUUUUAUUGCUUCAAAAGCAGUAGAUUGCCUUUUGGACUCCAAAUGGGCAAAGGCGAAGAAAGGAGAAGAAGCCGUGUUUACAACCCGAGAGUCUGUUGUUGACUACUGUAACAGGCUUUUAAAGAAACAGUUCUUUCAUCGAGCACUAAAAGUAAUGAAAGUGAAACUUGACAAAGAUACAAAGAAAGAAAAAGAGAAAGAAAAAGGAAAGGUUGAAAGUGGAAAGGAGGAGGAGAAAAAGAGCAAAAAAGACAGUCUAAAGGAUGAAAAGGCUAAGAAGGAACGAGAGAAAAAAAGAGAUGGUGAAAAGGAAGAGUCAAAAAAGGAAGAAACACCAGGAACACCCAAAAAGAAAGAAGCCAAGAAAAAAUUCAAGCUUGAACCACAUGAAGAUCAAGUGUUCCUGGAUGGAAAUGAGGUGUAUGUAUGGAUCUAUGACCCUGUCCACUUUAAAACAUUUGCCAUGGGACUAAUUCUUGUGAUCGCCGUGAUCGCCGCCACACUUUUCCCUCUGUGGCCAGCGGAGAUGCGUGUGGGAGUUUAUUACCUCAGUGUCGGGGCAGGCUGCUUCGUGGCCAGCAUCCUCCUGCUUGCCAUCGCUCGCUGCAUACUAUUCCUUAUCAUUUGGCUCAUAACCGGAGGAAGACAUCAUUUCUGGUUCCUGCCCAAUCUGACCGCCGACGUGGGCUUCAUUGACUCCUUCAGGCCACUCUACACACACGAAUACAAAGGACCAAAAGCAGACUCGAAGAAAGAUGAGAAAUCGGAGGCCAAAAAACAACAGAAAUCAGACAGUGAGGAAAAAUCAGACAGUGAGAAAAAGGAAGAGGAUGAUGGGAAAAUAGGAACUUCAGGAAAUAAUGGAGCAGACGGGUCAGGUGGAGAGCGGCAUUCAGACACAGACAGUGACAGGCGGGAGGAUGACCGAUCCCAGCACAGUAGUGGAAAUGGGAACGAUUUUGAAAUGAUUACAAAAGAGGAACUUGAACAGCAAACAGAUGGAGAUUGUGAAGAAGAGGAGGAAGAAGAGGGGGACGAUGAAGAAGAAGAAACGACUAGACCUUCAUCUGAAAAAUCAUAAACGUACUCUCUUUGGGGACUGAGUGUGUGCAAGUGGUUGGAUUUUCUAUGUUGGCUGAUCACCAAAACAUACAUAUAGUGUUUGGAGUAGUCUUUAAAUCAGUUUGCUGAGAUACAGUUGAUGUCCAGGCAGUUCUGUUCAGUUUUUAUUUUAUAGACUACUAACUUUUUUGGUACAAUCUUAAGUCACUAAUACACACAUUUAUCAAUUUUAUCCAUUUAACAAAUAUUCUGGCAGUAAGUAGCUUUUAUUCCUUUUUGAUAGUUGUCAGAGAUAUAGUUUCCUCAGUGGUAUUUAGAAUAAUGGCAUUUCUUGAGCGCUGUAGAGCUUCUUACUGUUAGACGUGGCAGAAGAAAUGAAAGUAAAAGACCCAAAUUUCAGUUCUGUAGUUAUUUAUGAAUUACUUUAGAAUGAAAUGAACACAUGACUCUUGAAACAUAAGCUCUAUUUCUUAAUUUUCAUAAAAUUGUACCAGAGGAUUUCUUUAGGAUUCAGAGUUAGCAGUUAUUGCUUAAGCUAGGCCAGUCAGGAAUGAUGCAACAUGAUUUAGUUUAGCUCCCAAUUCUUUCCUUUAACUCCCGGCUUAGGAAAUCCAAACUUCAUUUGUACAUUGGGUUCAGAGAGGAGUAGUUUUCUCCAGCAGAGCCUGAAAAAUGGCGGCUGCUCUUCCUUUCCCAUCCAUCCCCCAUCACAACAUGAGAAAGCGUUCUGUACAUAAUUUACAAAUAAAACAAACCUUUUAUUUUAACUGUUACUUCUUAUUUAGAUAUUUUCUCAGCACUUCAAUUUGUACAAAAUUAAAACCAUCGAAAGGGAUGUUUUUAGAGACAUGCAGGUCCCGAUACUCCUACCCCCCUCCAAACUUCCGUGUGCGCCUGUGUGUGUGAAUGUGUGUGAGUGUGAGUGUGUGGGGUGAAUUGCUCUUUCCACAGCAGCUGUAGCUUCGUGCCAACAUUCCAUGUGUUUGAGCAGACUUAGAGCAGCUGUUCUGCACGCCUUGGUGUUCAUUGAUUUAUCUUAAAUUUCUACAUUCAGAAACUGGAGUACUGUAUGAUCCAAUUAGGAGGCACUGCUGGGAAAGAAAGAACCUAAAUGGCCACCCAAUGCUCAGUGGGUUCUCUUUGAAUACUGUUUUGGAGCAGUCUGGAUUUAAAUUUCUACUUUUGUCCCAUGUCCUUAUUUACUGUUUUUUGGAUGCUAGAUUCUGUUUGGUUAUAUCAGCAUUUAAGAGACUUGACGUCAUUCCUCUUCAGCUGCAAUAAUGAAAACAGGUUCGAUCCUUUCCCCAAGCCACUGUGGAAGAGUUUCUUUGCAGAGCUUCUUCCUCUUCUUUAGUUACUUUUUCCAUUCAAGUAUUAUAACUGAAGGUGUUCAAUGUUUUCCUGAUUGUGCAUUUUGGUGUAUGUCGGUAAACAUUUCACAGAUGUGGUCUGAUUGCUUCCUCCUGAUGUUCCUUGUAUGGGAGCAGAAACCUGGCAUCUGAUCUAGUGAAUGCAUCUCUGGAGGCUGCCGUCAGUUAUUUUAAAAGCAUUCCCCUGGCAAAUGUUCAUUGGUUUUAGUGCCUGAGUGUUUGCCUGCUGUUGGCUUUGGGACACUCAGUUCCUCCCUUCCUCCAUCAGACAGGUACGACUUCCGCUGCCCAGUAUGCCUUCCGUGCCCAAUCUGCCGCAACUCCGAUAAGGACCUCCAACACAAACACCAGUUCUGUCUUGCUUCCAGGAAUUCCCAGAUUAAUCAUUGGCAGGAAGAGUUAGGUAACAGCCUCCAAUGCCUCUCGAUUUGAUCUGUUUCUGAGGUGGGCACUGCUAUAAAAAGGAGCCCAACCUGAUUUUUUUUCUCAGAAAUUGCAAACUCUUAGGAAGUCCUUAUCACUAAUAAAUACCCAGGCACUUCACACUGUAACUUUGUCCUGUAGCUCCUUGUAAUAUCUGUAUUGUGUCUAGUCUUCAAAAACCAUUUGGGGAAUAGCAGCUAGGAAAAUUUGAACUUUGUUGGUGUUUGUGGAUUCUUAUAGUAAACUAAUCAUCUGGUUUCAUGAAUAUUUGAUGACCACUGGAAAAAAGUCUUUGAAGAUCUAACCAUAGAAAGUGAUUGUAGGGGUUACAGCUCAGGGUCUCUGUUCCUGUUCAAGAUGCUGUAUUUUAAAAGAGUACGUGACGAUCCAAGGGCUGUCAAUAUGGCACCCUGCUGAAGAAUAGGUGACUAUCCUUGUGGGCCAAAAAUAUCUACAACCUAGCUCUGUGAGCACAAAAGAUCACUUUCCUUGAUCUCUUCAACUUGAAGGUUGGAGGGAUGGAUUUUUAAACUACAACCUCUGGCUAUAAAGCCCUAAGUAGAAAAAGGAAUAGACAGAAAUUUGAAUUUAUUUUGGAAUGGUUUCCAAUAGUAUAUCUAGAAUUGAGCUCUAAACCAAGGGAGAAUCCAGAUCGUUAAAAGACAUUCAAGACAAUAAUGAAUAUGCUUAUUGUGCAAAUAAUCCUAAAAAUCAAUGUAUUUAAUAUAUUGUUUUUUUUUCCUUUUCCCUCCCACUGAUUUUGACUUUUCAUUUCCAAACAUAAUGCCUGUCUCUGUUUGGACAAUUUAAUAAUUGGAAUAAUUUAUAUUUAGUGGCAUUCUACUCAGACAAUUGCUAUAUUAAAAUUUCUUCAUUGCAAUAAAAUUAAGCAGUGGUGAUGGG